AUGCCCCUCAUCAACGGCCAGAAGAUGGCCUGUGAGCCAUGCAUCCGUGGUCAUCGUUCCACGAAAUGCACACACGCGAAUGAGCGCCUAAUGGUCCCCGUUCGAAAACCAGGCAGACCUUUAAGCACAUGUCCUCAUCCCCCCACCCGCGGGUGCGGUUGCGGCAGCGUGACUGCCGCCAUUCCCAGAAAGCAGAAGUGCGGCUGCGGAUCAAGCACCGCGGGAACGCCUACCGACUCGUCGGCAACAUCGAGCGUGAUCAAGGCCGAGUCACCUGCGAGCGAUGCCCCGCCAAUGUCUCCGACCAAGGCUUCUGCCGCCUCCUUUCGAGUCCAGAAGUCCGCAGCCAAGCCCGCCAGUCGUAAACAGUCAUUUGAUCCCGCUACCCUGGAGAGGAUGGAUGCUGCCCACGUCAACAUCCUGCCGCCCUUUGACAUGACACAUCCGAGCCCCAUGCCCCAUGCGAACGGCAUGACGGGCCUGCCUACGCCGAAGUCCAGUAUGGAAUACGGCUCGAUGCCCAUCAUGGGUGCCGUCAAUGGAGGAUUCCACCAGCCCAUGAUGUUUCCGAUGUUCCCCCACCAGAUACCCGGCAGCAUGUUUCCACCAGCCGCCUCGAUGGUACCUCAGACAGAUGGUGCUGUGUCUACCACCAUCACACCAAAAGUUGCACCAGUGCCUGCUCCAACAAAGGCAACAAACGGAGGGGGCUCUUGCUGCUCUGGCUCGGCCAACGGGGCUGUAAAGACACCCGUCGGGCCUGUUACACCUUCACUAACAAGCGCCAGCAAAGGAGGCUCAUGUUGUUCAGGACCAGGCAAGAGUGAAGGGGAGUCGGCACAACCUUCAAGCGUCACCUCAAGUCCAAAGACUGAACCAAAACCGAAGAAGGGCGGCUGCUGCUCCAGCAAAGCACCGCCGAUAAACACUAACGUCGUCACUAACGGUCACAUCCUCAACGGCCACAUGUCACCGAACGGCAUGGUUAUGUCACCCUAUCAACAAACACCGAUCGCCAUGCCGCAGGGCAUGUACCAAUCUUAUUUUCAACCAACAAUCUUCACCUACCCUCCGCAGUAUGGUUCCUACAUGUCGCCUCUACAACCCGCGCAAUGGCGACAGGCGAUGGAGGCUUUGCAGUAUGGACAACCGGCGUCGCAGCCAACAGGAUUCGGCAUGUCAACCCCACUCAAUUUUGUGUCUGAUGGCACAACUCCCGCUGUUUCGGAGUCGACAUCACACAUGUGCAGCUGCGGUGACGGAUGUCAAUGUGUUGGAUGCGCUGCCCAUCCUUACAACGAUGCGACGCAGGAUUACGUGAGGUCGGCAUGGAACAGCAUGCUUGACGACUCGUACGGAACGAAUGGAACAAACGGUGCAAACGGUCAUUUGGAAAAUACUGCAACCAACGGAAAUGGAGCCCGCGGGGUCGAUGCCCACACGAACGGCGACAGCGGCGGUUCUCCUCCUGCGCCCCAGACGCCCUCUGAUGCAGCUUCGGGGCUGAGCGAGGAACAAGCACUUUCGGCCAGCGAUUUCUUCUUCGUGACAUAUCCGUUUAGUGGGGAUGCUUGCGCUGGCGAGACUUCGUCAUGUCCCUGCGGCGACGAUUGUCAAUGCUUAGGCUGCUCGAUACACAACAACGCGCCCGUGGUAGAGUCAUGA